AUGGAGAUCAAGUCACUCAACUCACAGCUUGCUGAGCUAAAGAAGCUUAAGACCAGCUAUGAAAGCUUCCCCAAAGUAACCUUCCAAGAUGGCUACCCAAAAAUGAACACCUAUUUUGUGAACCCCGCCUUCGCUCAAAAAGACAUGUCUCCACCUCCCGAACAACAAUCAUUCUCAACACCGUUCAAGUCAAGACCCCCAUUCCAACCUAGUGAACCUCAACCAUUUCCACUCGCCCCAGUCCAAAUCUACUUUGACCAAAAUCAUCCUCCAAUCCAUGUCACGGCCUUUUUUGACACAGGUGCAGCCCAAACCAUUGCAAACCCCCAAGUUUUACCACCCUCAUUUUGGAAAGAACACAAAAACUAUUUCAAGUCAGCAAAUGCUGACGUGUUCUCCACAGACUAUGUCAGCAAAAAGGUCACAAUCCAGAUUUUCCCAACCUGCUCAACCAAGCUCAGGAUAAUUGGCUCAACAUUACCAGGAAAAGAUCUUGUUAUUGGAUUUGAUGUUAUAUCCAGUAUCAAAGGUCUUAAGUUAGAUGAUAAGGACAGCCAUGAACAGCUACUCCAGAGAUUCCAACAGAUAGUGCAAGAUUUCGGAAUCAUGUUGUCAGAAAAGAAAAUGACAAUAGGAACCUCAGAGAUUAAUUUUCUUGGUAUGCAUAUUAAAGAAGGAAAAUAUGUGGCCCAUCCCCAUAUUGGUCAAGCACUUCAAGAUUUCCCAAAUGAAAAUCUCACCAAGAAGCAAAUUCAACAGUUCCUUGGAAUUGUCAAUUACAUGUCAGAUUUCCUUUCGAAUCUCGCCAAACUAUCUAAUCCUCUCAAGGUCCUCCUCAAAGAGAAUCCCCCACAGUGGUCACAGAAGCAGACUACAACAGUUAAAGUACUCAAAGCCAAAGCAUUGUCACUUCCAACACUGCACAUUCCCUCGAAUGGCACGAGAAUCCUCCAGACUGGUGCUAGCAACAAGUACUAG